GCUCAUUGCGUCGUUCUCAAGGGAAGUGAUGUCAUUCAGCCCGGUGAAUCUCUGACGUGUCGUAAGGGACCCGACUAGCUGUGUUUCGGGAGUCGCUUGGUAGGAUAGUUGAAGAUGUUGGACUUUUUUACUAUUUUCAGUAAGGGGGGGAUCGUGCUGUGGUGUUUCCAAGGGGUGCCUGCGUCUUUCACCGGCCCAGUAAAUGCGCUGAUCCGCUCCGUCAUCCUCCAGGAGAGAGGAGGAAACAAUUGCUAUAACCAUGACUCCCUCACUCUUAAAUACAAGCUUGAUAACCAGUUUGAACUGGUGUUUGUGGUUGGCUAUCAAAAGAUUUUAACCUUAACUUAUGUGGAUAAAUUGAUAGACGAUGUUCAUAAAGUGUUUAGAGAUAAAUAUCGCAAUCAGAUACAGCAGAAUGGAACACUGGGGUUACUCAAUGGCUCCUUUGAGUUUCAAGAUGAUUUUCACACUAUCCUUAGAGAGGUAGAGGAAAGCGGCAAAGCGCGGGCUCCUCAGGCCAUGAAAACAUUUGAACAGUCCCAGAAAUCCCAGAAAACUGUAAAGUCUAUGAUUGAGAAGCCAGCUGACAAAGUGAAGGAGAAUAACAAGAAGAACAAGGCUUCCAAAAAAGAAUCACCAGCUUCAGAAGUUGUAACUUCUAGCAACAAAUCAUCUCCUGCACCCAAGCAAAGCAGCCCUGCUGCAGCUGGGAAUAAAGAUGAACUGACAUCCGAAGAAAUCAUGCAGCGCAAUCGGGAGGAGUUCUUCCGUAAAAAGAUGAAAGGCACAAACAAGGCUAACAAAUCCCCGAAACCAGAGGCUCAGAAAGAGAAAGGAAAGCAGCCCCGGAUGUGGGAAAAUGGAGGCUCUAAAACCAAAGCAUUGGAUUACAGCAAGCAAGAAGAAGGAGCACCCGCACCAAUGCCAGCUGAUGACCUUAUGGCUACGCAAUAUCGUGUUGGAGAUAUGCAAGGGAAUCUCCCUGAUAUAGAGUGUGAGAGUAGCAGCGAAGAAGAAGAGGAGGAGGAGGAAGAAGAGCUGCCAACAAUCAAACCCAAAGCUGCUCCAGCUGCUACCAAGUCAAGUGCUAAGAAGAGCAGUUUUGGGGGAAUGUUUGGCAUGCUAAAGGGUUUAGUGGGUGCCAAAAAUUUAACAAUGGAAGAUAUGGAACCUGUCUUGGAGAAAAUGAAAGAUCAUCUUAUUGCCAAGAAUGUUGCUGCUGACAUUGCUGUUCAGCUCUGUGAGUCAGUGGCCAAGAAACUGGAAGGCAAAGUGAUGGGAACAUUUACUACUGUGACAUCAUCUGUAAAAGAAGCGUUGCAAGAAUCCCUUGUGCAGAUACUACAACCCAAGCGCCGAGUGGAUGUCCUGCGUGAUGUGAUGGAGGCACAACGCCUGCGUCGCCCAUAUGUCAUCACUUUCUGUGGGGUCAAUGGUGUAGGAAAAUCUACCAACUUGGCCAAAAUCUCUUUCUGGUUAAUGGAAAAUGGUUUCAGUGUUUUGAUAGCUGCCUGUGACACAUUCCGUGCAGGGGCAGUGGAGCAGUUGCGUACCCACACGCAACGUCUUAACUCCGUGCAUCCACCUGAGAAGCACAAAGGCCGUACCAUGGUCCAGCUCUAUGAGAAGGGCUAUGGCAAAGAUGCUGCUGGCAUUGCAAUGGAAGCCAUAACAUAUGCGAGAAACCAGGCAUUUGAUGUGGUAUUGGUUGAUACAGCUGGCCGCAUGCAAGACAACGCACCACUAAUGACUGCCCUGGCUAAGCUGAUUGCAGUGAAUGUGCCUGACUUGGUGCUGUUUGUUGGGGAAGCUUUAGUUGGCAAUGAAGCAGUGGAUCAACUGGUGAAGUUUAACAAGGCGUUGGCUGAUCAUUCUAUGGCAGAUAAGCCACGUCUCAUUGAUGGCAUUAUACUCACCAAGUUUGACACCAUUGAUGACAAGGUCGGUGCUGCCAUCUCCAUGACUUACAUCACUGGUCAGCCCAUUGUGUUUGUGGGAACAGGACAGACCUACUGUGAUCUUCGCAGUCUGAAUGCCAAGGCAGUGGUGGCUGCACUGAUGAAAGCCUAAUAAUGGCCAAUCUCUGCUCUUGCUGGGUGGUUAAACACAGAAACUGCUUCUGAGGUCACCGUAGAUCUCUAUUGUAGAGAUAUAUGUCCUUGCUUUCCCUGUACAAUUAGAUAAAACUUUCCCAGAAGGCAUUAGUGUACGGUUUUGCUUUGAUCAACCAGACAUUUGCUAUUGCAGAACAGCUUCCAGUUUCCUGAAUUGCUUUAAAUGUGGACUAUUUAGCCUUUCACCAAGAAAUUCUUCUGCAACAGAUUGCUUCUCAGUGUUAUUCUUUUAUGCCUGCACAAUUUCAAUGCUGCUUAUGGCAUUUUAUAUAAAAUUAUGAUUCCUUUACUAAUCAGCAAUCUGCUUCUGCUACAAUGCAUGAAGCUCCCCUGUAGACCUUGAUUCACAAACAGAUCAGUAGAGCAGAAGCCUGGUGUAAACUGCAGAACAGACAUUAUUGCAUUCUAAUGGUUUCAAGAUGUGCCGUUUCACUAGCGCUGUUAGAGCAGGUCACCAGAUGGCGACAAGCCCUAAUAGGAACGUAUGGUUUUGCUGCUAAAUAAAGCCACCCCUCAUUAUUCAGUAUAUUACUGUAAAAAAAAAAAAAAUACAAAGUUUUAUUCUCAACCCAAAGAGUUAAACCUCACCUUACAAACCAAGCCUAAGAUUAAAGGCAAAUCUCCCUUAUUACGAGUAGGAUGUAUUUUCUUUACACAGACUAUAUUGUGUGAACAGAAUUUAAUCUUUGCAUCUGUUCAUAAGCUAAAGUGGCCUCAUAACCUGCUUUAAUGUUUUUUAUAGCAGGAGAAUCAUCAGUGGAAAACACAAGGGACGCUACUCUUGCUGAAUUCCUCAUCCACUGUUCUAUAUGUAAAGUAUUUCUGUGCACACCAUAAGCCUCUUUAAAGCGAUACUGACAUGUUCUUAUAAAAUUCCGUCGGAAGUGUCAAUCUUGCUGGGGGAGUUUAGGCAUCAAUCUAUAAAAAUGCACCCACCCAAGUUGUACCUGCAGUUCAGUAGUGGGAAACAUGGUGGGCUGGAGGCGGUGCAAUCCUUCCAUAAGCCGUUUACAAAUUAAAUAUUCUGGAGCCUAUGGAAGGAUCGACCACCUCCAGAAUUGAACAGAACCCUAAACUUUGUUGGAGUAAAGUCUGAGGUAAGUCGAUGCGCAAUCUUCCUCUGUAAUACUGACAUGUUGCUAUGGAUUUUAUAGGGCCAUGUCUGUAUCGCUUUAAGGAAAAUAUACAGUUCUUAGAAACAGGGUAGACUUCUGCUUUACACUGUGACAUAAAGUAAGGCUUACUGUACAUUACAAUGCAAGUGAAGGAUCCUCUGGUAGCAAAUGGGUUUCAGAAUUUGUUUCGUCCUAUAUAAAUUGUUUUGUGACACCAUCCUAAGCUCACGUGCAAUAUAUGGAUCGCAAUCCAUUCAUGAAAACUUCAAAUAAUUUAUAAGAGAAUAAAUUUCUUAGAUAACAAA